AUGACGACUGCCGCAGUGCAUAUGACGACUGCCACAGUGCAUAUGACGACUGCUACAGUGUAUAUGACGACUGCUACAGUGCCUAUGACGACUGCCACAGUGCAGAUGACGACUUCUACAAUGCAGAUGGCGACAGUUACAGUACAUAUGACGACUGCUACAGUGCAGAUGACGACUGCCACAGUGCAUAUGACGACUACUAGAUGUGCGGAUGACUACUGCUGCAAUGCAGAUGAUGACUGCCACAGUGCGGAUGACUACUGCUGCAGUGCAGAUGAUGGUGCAGAUGAUGACUGCCACAGUGCAGAUGACGACUGUCACAGUGCAGAUGACGACUGCCACAGUGCAGAUGACGACUGCCACAGUGUGCAGAUGACUACUGCUGCAGUGCAGAUGAUGACUGCCACAGUGCAGAUAACUACUGCAACAGUGCAGAUGACGACUGCCACAGUGUGCAGAUGA